CACAAGUACCAGAGGGGCAGGCAAAGAAAUGGCGAAGCAAGCUCCCGGCUGAGCAGAGCGCCUGAUGCAGGGAUCAAUCCCUGGACCCUGAGAUCAUGACCUGAGCUGAAGGCAGAGGCUUUAACUCACUGAACCACCCAGGCACCCAUCUUUUCUAAGCAGCAUUUUUUGCUGGUGAAAGUGGACAUGCUUGGACUGCAGCUGGAGCAGAAUCCAGUCUUCCAGCUCCUGGAGAAGGGAUGAUGGCUUCUUAGUUGGUGUUUUCAGCAGCUAGCAGAGCACUGAUGCCCUGGCUUCCUAGCUCUGUGAAUGUGUGCUCUGUGGCUUAACUAACAUUGGUCUGCCUGAGUCCUGUGCCUGCAGCUCUGGAAGCCGGACCAGACAUUAAAGGGCAAGCUGCAGAAGGAAGUGGUGAGAAACGGAGUGUUAACUAGGCUCGAUGCCUGAAUGGCCAGGUGCCGUGGCAGGUUUUCUGGCUUACGUGGGAGGCAGUGUGCCACAACUGGAUGAUAGGGUUUGGAAGAUGCUGAGCCAGUGCACACAUUUUGUGGGCAUACAUGGGCAAAAUUUUGUCCUAUUUCUUGUCCUAUGCAAAAGGGUCUCUAUAGUUGAAGAAAGAGCAGUGUAGGUUUUGGAGUGGACCAACCUUAUUUCGUCUAACAACAACUAGCCUUUCCCCUACCAUCCUCCUAAACCAGCUGGAAGCUCCAUGAGCCUGGGCUGUCUGGCCUGUGUCACUCAGGAUUCUCAGUGCGGAGCAUGGCUUCCUGAAUCCUAACAGGAAUAGCUGUCUGAUGCAUGGGUAAGAGUGGCCUUUCCCUGGGGUGCCUGGGUGGCCCCGUUGGUUAAGGGAUUGCCUUUGGCGCAGGUCUUGGUCCUAGUGUCCGGGGAUUGAGUCUGCAACAGCCUACUGCUCAGUAGGGAGUUUGCUUCUCCUUCUGUCCCUCUCCCUUCUCAGGCUCUCACUCACUCUCCCACUCACUCAAAGUAAACAAAAUCUUUAAAAAAAAAAAAAAUCCAAAACCAAAAAGUGGCCUUUCCCAGUGUCCGGAUCUGCCCUAGGAUGUUGAGUGUUAAGCUGUAAGCAGAAUACAGAGUGAUUGCUCAGUAUUAACUAUGAUUAUCGCCAUUUUCUAAGGCCACACAGCUAAGCAAGGAGUAGAAUGCGGAUUGAUGCUGUUAAAUUUUUUUGAGAAAUUUGUCCCCACCUGGCUUGGACCCACAGAAGUGGCAAGAUUGUACCGAUGUGCUGCUGGGUUAAGACCCUCCACAGGACCUCCUUGUGCCCACUACUCUGUCUGCAGACCUGCUUCAUUCAUGAUGGGCAGACCCAAACACAUACCAGGAAACAAUGAAGGGAGACACCAGACAACUCAACAGAGAGGAGGACGCCAGCGGGAGGGAAGACUCCAUCAUCACUAAUGGGGGCUGCAGCGACCAGUCUUCUGACUCCAAGGAUGCGCCCUCACCCCCCAUCCUGGAGGCUAUCAGCACCCCGGAGAUAAGAGGUCGCAGAUCAAGCUCUCGGCUGUCAAAGAGGGAGGUCUCCAGUCUGCUAAGUUAUACUCAGGAUCUGACAGGUGACGGAGAUGGCGAGGGGGAAGAUGGAGAUGGCUCUGACACCCCGGUGAUGCCCAAACUCUAUCGAGAAACCAGGACGCGGUCUGAGAGCCCAGCUGUCCGAACUCGAAAUAACACCAGUGUCUCCAGCCGGGAGCGGCCCCGGCCCUCCCCACGUUCCACCCGAGGCCGGCAGGGCCGCAAUCACGUGGAUGAGUCCCCCGUGGAGUUUUCAGCUACCAGGUCCCUGAGGAGGCGGACAGUAUCCUUGGCAGGCACACCGUGGCCGUCCCCAGCCAGCCCCUACCUCACCAUUGACCUCACGGAUGAUGACGUCGUGCCCCAGAGCAGCAGUACCCCCUACGCCCGCCUGGCCCAGGACAGUCAGCAGGAUGGCCCUGAGUCCCCACAGGUGGACCUGGAGGCUAGAGAUGCUGACAGCGCUGAGUAUCAGGAUGGGAAGGAGUUCGGGAUAGGGGAUCUAGUGUGGGGAAAGAUCAAGGGCUUCUCCUGGUGGCCUGCCAUGGUGGUGUCCUGGAAGGCCACUUCCAAGCGCCAGGCCAUGUCCGGCAUGCGGUGGGUCCAGUGGUUUGGUGAUGGCAAGUUCUCUGAGGUGUCUGCAGAUAAGCUAGUGGCCCUGGGGCUGUUCAGUCAGCACUUCAACCUGGCGACCUUCAAUAAGCUGGUCUCUUACAGGAAGGCCAUGUACCAUGCAUUGGAGAAAGCCAGGGUGCGGGCUGGCAAAACUUUCCCCAGCAAUCCUGGAGACUCCUUGGAGGAUCAGCUGAAGCCCAUGUUAGAGUGGGCCCAUGGGGGCUUUAAACCCACUGGGAUCGAGGGCCUCAAACCAAACAACAAGCAACCAGAGAAUAAGACCAGAAGACGAACAGCUGAUGACUCUGCUGCCUCGGACUACUGCCCCCCACCCAAACGCCUAAAGACCAACUGCUACAACAAUGGCAAAGACCGAGGAGAGGAGGACCAGAGUCGAGAACAAAUGGCUUUGGAUGUUAGCAACAACAAGAGUAACCUGGAAGAUAGCUGUCUCUCCUGUGGUCGGAAAAACCCCGUGUCCUUCCAUCCUCUCUUUGAGGGGGGGCUCUGCCAGACGUGCCGGGACCGCUUCCUCGAGCUCUUCUACAUGUAUGACGACGACGGCUACCAGUCCUAUUGCACGGUGUGCUGUGAGGGCCGCGAGCUGCUGCUCUGUAGCAACACGAGCUGCUGCCGGUGCUUCUGCGUGGAGUGCCUGGAGGUGCUGGUGGGCACAGGCACCGCGGAGGACGCCAAGCUGCAGGAGCCGUGGAGCUGCUUCAUGUGCCUCCCGCAGCGCUGUCACGGUGUCCUGCGCCGCCGCAAGGACUGGAACGUGCGCCUGCAGGCCUUCUUCACCAGCGACCCGGGCCUUGAAUACGAAGCCCCCAAGUUAUACCCUGCGAUUCCCGCAGCCCGAAGGCGGCCCAUUCGAGUCUUGUCCCUGUUUGAUGGAAUUGCAACAGGGUACUUGGUCCUCAAAGAACUGGGCAUCAAAGUGGAGAAGUACGUCGCGUCUGAGGUGUGCGAAGAAUCCAUUGCUGUUGGAACUGUGAAGCAUGAGGGGAACAUCAAAUAUGUGAAUGACGUCAGGAACAUCACGAAGAGAAAUAUUGAAGAAUGGGGCCCCUUUGACUUGGUGAUUGGUGGAAGCCCAUGCAAUGAUCUCUCCAAUGUGAACCCUGCCAGGAAAGGCCUGUAUGAGGGCACAGGCCGCCUCUUCUUUGAGUUCUACCACCUGCUGAACUACACACGUCCCAAAGAGGGGGACGACCGGCCCUUCUUCUGGAUGUUUGAGAACGUGGUAGCCAUGAAGGUUGGCGACAAGAGGGACAUCUCUCGUUUCCUGGAGUGUAACCCAGUGAUGAUUGAUGCCAUCAAAGUGUCUGCUGCUCACAGGGCCCGCUACUUUUGGGGCAACCUGCCUGGAAUGAACAGGCCCGUGAUAGCAUCAAAGAAUGAUAAACUCGAGCUACAGGACUGCUUGGAGUUCAAUAGGACAGCAAAGUUAAAGAAAGUACAGACAAUAACCACCAAGUCGAACUCGAUCAGACAGGGGAAAAAUCAACUUUUCCCUGUUGUCAUGAAUGGCAAAGAAGAUGUUUUGUGGUGCACUGAGCUAGAAAGGAUCUUCGGCUUUCCUGUACACUACACGGAUGUGUCCAACAUGGGCCGUGGUGCCCGCCAGAAGCUGCUUGGGAGGUCCUGGAGUGUGCCUGUCAUCCGACACCUCUUCGCCCCCCUGAAGGACUACUUUGCCUGUGAAUAGCCCUCCCAGGCACCCUGAGCCCAGGAGCACUGGGGCUUGUUGGGUAGAGCCAGCACCCAGUAGGUACAGCCCACGCUCUACCCUUCCCCUGCUCAGCAUUGUGGGGUCACGCCACACAACCUUGGCAGGAGCAGAGCCACGUGACCCCCUCCUGGCAAGGGGAGUCUGAGGUGCUGCCACCUCCUUCUGCACAAUUCAGAUCCAGCCGCUAGGAGCGGCCAAACACGGUGCUCAUUUUGUCUUCUCUGAAAACUUUUUUAAAACUUGAAGUGUAGGUAGUAAGAUGGCUUUUUUUUCCCUCCUGGUUUACUGCUCAGAGAAACAAUGGCUAAAGUACCAAAACCACAGUGCCGACAGCUCUCCAAUACUCAGGUUAAUGCUGAAAAAUCACCCGAGACAGUUACUGGUAAGGCUUUGAUAUAUAUAUAUAUUUUAAAUCAUAUGUAGCUCCUUAUUUCCAGGAGCACGCAGUGGUAGACAUGUAGCUGAGGGACAUUUUAAGGGCCCUGGGUGUGUUUUUUCUCUAGGGCUAGCAGAAGAGGAAAGGAUGCCUCUCUGUCUUGAAUUUUACCCAGCACAUUCCCUUGGCCUCAGUGUAAAGGGCUGGGACCUGCUGUCAGGGUCCAUGUAGAGUAUUUUCUACAAUGAUGAUGAUGUCAGCAGGGAUGACCUCAUCAUCACAUUCAGGGCUAUUCCCCGCCCCCCUCCCCCAACAACAAACCCAAGGGGACAGCCACCCUUCACUAAAUCCCCUCCAGGUGACUGCAAUAGAACCCUCCAGGUUGCUCAGGAAGGGGUGGGCUGGGUUAUCUGCUGCUGUGUACCAUGCAGACAGGUAUGGCUUUGUUCCUCUCCCUUUGUCUGCCCCGUGUGAAGGGAGCAAAGGAGGAGGUUUAGGGAAGGCAUCCCCUACCCCCCGGAAUGCACCCUCCGGACUACUCUGCAGGCACAGGUCCCCAAAUGAGAAGUAGAAUGCCCCGAAACCUCACCUCAGCCUUUUCCUAAACUGAGCAGCGGUGACAGCUGGGGCAGAAGCACAUUCCCCGCCCUUUCCCCUCAUCUCAGAAAUUGCAGGGGGAAAACUGCAAUAAAAAAGCUCAAUCUUCCCUCCAGAGAUUUUAAAGUCCUUUUGUAUCCCAUGAGAAGUUUUUAGUGGGGGACGGGAGGUCGGGCAAGCUGCAUUUCAGAAAUGCUGUCGUAAUGGUUUUUAACAACUUUUACUCUUCUUACUGGUGCUAUUUUGUAGAAUCAGGAACAACAUUGACAGGUUUUGGUGGGAAUUUUUUAUACACUUUUUUUUUUUAAAUCACAGACUUAUAUUUUUAUGUUUUUAACAUUUUCAUAAAUUUUUUUUUGUAACUGGAGCCACAUAACAAGUAUGGGGGAAAAUUGUGCCUUGUUUCAACAGUUUUGCUAAUUUUUAGGCUGAAAGAUGACAGAUGCCUAGAGUUUACCUUAUGUUGAAUUAAAAUCAGUAUUUCUCUAACA